UCAAAACGAUCGCUGCGCUCGCUUUCCACGUAUCUAGCUAGCGUAUUUACAGCGCUCGCGAUCUUCGCUAUUCGCAUGAAAUGUACACAAACCUGUGGAGGCAUUGACGAGAACUGAAACAUCCUACAAAUUUGUGACUGGAAAGGGCAUUUGUACUGGUUUGUAGUGAAUACAGCAUCAGAAUUAUGGAAGAUGUAUCAAUACUCAACAUUGAGCAGUUACUUCAAGCUGCAGAAUUUUUGGAAAGAAGAGAAAGAGAACAUGGAUAUGCAUCACCAUACUCACACGAAGCUAAUAAUAAGAGGAAACACCGUGUGAAGAGGCUGAAUUCCAAUAGUAGUCGAUCAACGCACAACGAAUUGGAGAAAAAUAGGCGUGCACAUUUAAGAACAUGCUUGGAAAGACUGAAAGAAAUGGUACCACUCGAUGGAGAUAUGCCUCGCCACACAACACUUGGUCUCCUUACUAAUGCAAAAGAUUUUAUAGUGGAUCUUGAAGAGAAAUCUGAAGGUUUUACCUCGCACAAAGACCAGCUAUGCAGAGAACAGCGCUUCCUCAGAAGGAGAUUGGAUUACUUACAGUCUACCUUGCACAGACAACGUCAGGAUAGUACAGGAAGUUCCUUGGCCUCAGAUGAUUCAGAGAAAGAUGAUGUGGAUGUUAUUGGGUACGAUAGUGACAACCGCAGCAUUGAAUCAGAUAUGAAUAGCAGUGACGGAGAUCUUGCAGUUGCAACCAAAGAGAUUAUCAUCACUGACUUAUAGCUUUAAAAAAAGAAGUUUAUAUUAAAAGUUAUCAAUCUUCUUUACUUGCUGCUGUGUUUAAGGAGUUAAAGAAAGACUUUCUAUGUACACCUGAUAGAGAAAACCUUGGCCACAUUCGCUGGCUGGUCUGCUGAUAUCAAUUGAGAAGUACCAGUAAAGAAAAUUUGAAAUAUUCAAGUGCCAAUAAAUAUAUCACAUUCAGGAAAUGGAGAAAUUUUCAGAUUUAAGAAUAGAAGAAAAGUUAGGUCAUUUUGAAUGACGACUAUUUAUGGAAUAGUAUUUGGGUAAGAUUUUAUGUCACUAGUAAAUGUAUGGACAGAACUUGUUGACCAGUGAGUAUAAGGAGAGAAUAAUUGUGAAUUCCAAUCAGUACCUCGAUCGACUAUAAUAUUUCUUUCUCUUGUUGAGGAAUAUCUGUCAUUCAUACUAUGUAGAGCUUUCACUCUUGGAAUAUUUUCCCAUCAUGCAUCAUGCAUACAUGUACAUUGAUAGAAGUCUGUUUAUAACAAAACAAAAAGUGGUAUUGCAUUCAUGGAAUUUUGAAUUUUUCAAGUGCACGAAACACCCACAAAUUUGAAAUUACAUGUGUUUUACGUUAUUAUUAUCUCAUGUUGUUUUAAACACUUGAGUUCAACCUUCCGGGCAUAUUGAAGUCCUUGUGUAUUAAUGUCCAUAGCAGUUAAACUAGAAAUGUUUUCCUGUGGAUCGAGCCAAGGUCUGUCUGUCUGUCAUACACUGAAUGUUUACUAAUUAUGAUGUGUGUGAGAAAUGUUUCAGUAUUAACUUAUUGGGAGGGUUGGAUACCUCUCAUUCAUUGAUUCUUAUGUAGUACCUUCUGUUGACAUCCUCAAUUGCUGCAAUGUAAAAGAGCCAAGUUUCUACCACCACUCUAUGCUGCAGUCAGUCAGUCUAACUGCCUUCAUGCAUACGUACAUACACUCAUGUACACCUCAACCACCCUCUACCCCUAACAUGGUGCUUCAUCUCUGCAUUGGGAGAGCAAAACUUAAUGUAAGUCAGUUUAAAGUGGGAACAAAUACAUCAUGCAGGUUCAACUCCUCAAGAGGACAGGUGAAUGGAUGACAAUGUUGGCCUACUGGAAGAAUGAUGUAACUUUACAUGUGUCUCUUUCAGCAUACUAGCCUAGACCUGUGCAUCCUAUGUGUAUUUCAAUUGUGGAAUCCCUGUUUCUGCAUGUACUCAUUUGAUACACAGCUUAGGACCAUCUUUAAAAGUAAAAUUUUAGAUCACUAGCUAAUCUAGUGGGUUCAGUUCAGGAUUGCCCGACAUAAUGAUAAGGUCUAGUUCAGAGGAAGUUUCAUUUUGGUUUCAUUACUGAGCCACUGAUCUGGAGCAUUAGUGUGAUAAAUUGACAUCUUAGAUCCGUUAAACAUGGAAUCUGGAGUGAUGAUAGUAACAUGUAUGGUCCAAGAUAACUGACUCUGCACAUCACAAACUUUUGCAACACCAUCUUUGAAAUCAUAAAUAAUGAAAGUAUAAUAUUUUAAAUCUUACUUCCAUUGAUACAUUGGAAACUCAACUGUUCAUGCCUAAUGUCAAUGGAUUCAAUCAUCAGAAAUUAUUUUUCUCUGUAUGUUAGGGUUAAAUAUGUACCAUGUUUUUAUAUUGCAUGUACUUCUUCAGAGACAUGCAAAUGAAGAGCACAUAUAAAGUGCAUUGCAAAAAGUUAAGUUAACAUUUAAGCAGGAAUUGAUAUGAAAUAAGUUCCCUGCGUAAUGCUCUGUAAUGUUAAGGUUUUGAAAUAUCUUGUGAAAUACAGGUGAUCGUGAGAAGAGGGGUAAAUAGCAAUUAAAGAGGGGAUAAAACUCUAAUUUUAAAUCGGGUGUAUGUUAUGUAGGAGGUAGAGUUGGUGAAAGAAAGGGAAACAUGACUUAAGAUCCUCAACAAAUAACAUGUAAGCAUCAAGUUUAACAUUCCUCUGAGUAGAGAGGUUGAGAAGUAAUAGAGGUAGGUAUAUAGCAUGGUUGUGCUUCAGUUUUAAAUGUGAACUAGGUUGUGUAAGUUUUGCAGCUACAUGCCAAUGUAUGCUGCAUUCUGCUGUUGAGGAAUUUGUAGUGGGUGUUUCUUGCAUAUUCUUUGUUUGUUUGUUUGUCUGUCUUGUACGUGUAUUGGUUUAUAUCUGACAGCAUUUCUGCUGAUUUUAUCUACAUGUAUUGUGUAAAAUAUGGAGUGUAUUCUACGGAGAAUGAGAACUGCUUUUUGUUGUCAAAUUGAAGUAACUUUUAUAUGGUUAAUAUAUAACUUUCUUGCUACUUUGCUAAAAGCAAUUUUUUAAAAAUAGCAUGUAAACACUAUUUAAAGUAGAACAUUUCAUGUAAAUACAGGGUGCUCUGCAACUUCUGAAAUUUUAAUAAAAUACAAUAGCAAUCCGUAUGUGAUGCAGUUUGCAUAUUUGCAAGCAAUCUGCUAUUUUCCCUCAUAAUUUCAGGUUAUUUGAUGGGAAUGUUGUGAAUUGAUAGUAAAGGUUCAAUAUUGAUCUGAGGAGUUUCAGGCAAGAAUCAAAGGCACAAUGAAGGUUCCUCGAUGUAGACAAUAUGGGAGAUAUUUUUCUCUUAAAUGAGUGCACUCUACAUGACAUGUAUAAUGAUGAAUGUGACUCCAUAGAAGACCGAAUGAGAUGGGGGACAAUGCAUACAUGCUCUCAUGUUCACAAGUCAGCUUCCUUCCUUCGUACUCUCUGAUGCCUGCAGGAAUGUCACAUAGUACUUUGAACAUAGCCCCAUUGCUAUCCAAUAGAUUCUUAUUCAAUACAUGAGUUUCUUCCAUUCCUCAAAAAUAAAUGGAUAUCAUUUACGUGAAUUGAUUUUUUUUUAAAGUGGGCCUUUCAUAUUUUGAAGAAUAAUACCAAUAUGGAUUCAUCAACCAUGUGUAAUAUGGAUGAUACGGCAACCAAGUCUUGUUUUCUUAUGAGAGAGCAUGAUAGAAGGUCUGUGUCAGAUUUCACUAGUAUAUGUCUCAAAGGCCCACAAUCACCUACGGUCCCCUAACAUGUAAAUAUUACAUACACAUUGUGUAGCACAUGAUACACAUGUACAAGGGACACUAUAAUAAAUAAUUCUUUUUAGGAGUCAAUUUCUGUGCAUUCAUAUGCAAAUUAAGUUUAUUUCCUCUUGAUAAUUAUUCUUGUAUUUCAUUUUCUCUUCCUUAGUGUUAUCUUCAUGAUUGGUAGGAAUCAAGUAAAUGAUGUCCAAGAGAAAACGUAUUACAUGUAUGAAGUUCAACUGAAUGAAAUCUCGACUCCUCGCUUGCACUAGCUGUUUUCACUUGUUAAUUAAAGAAUGUAUUUGCUGUACAUACGUACAGCCUUCUUGCCUUUGAAAGAUUGGCUUGUUGCUAGCCUAUCCACUCUAUACUAAUACUCUGGUUUAUCUUCCUCCAUGAUAAUGGAAAUCAAACUCAAGAAGCAGCCACCAUCAACACAAUAUUUAUUUCACUUUUUUUUUUUUUUUUUCCUUUCUGAAACUGUACAAAGUGUGAGCUUAAAUUAUAAACAGAUUUUUCCCUUUUAAAGUCUGAGAUGUUUUCAGUGUUAACUCAUUACAAUGAUUAUUAUUCUUUUUUUAAAGUUUUGUAAAUACUGCCUUUUUCUGUAUGUUGAAAAUAAUUAUCAAAAUUGUAUAUGUCUACAAUAUAUAUAACUGUAGAAACUAUUUGUAGAUCUCUGCUUGUAUUGUGUGUAAACUACGAUAAAUGAAAUAAAAAGUUCUAUUUCCAAAUAAGAGAA